AUGGAUAAGCUUGCUGAAUUAUUCAAUAGACAGCUGACACAUGCCCAUUACGAGGUGGUGAGUCAAAUCUAUAACUGCAAAAUGGCCCAAGGGACUCCAGUAAUGGACCACAUCAUGAAAAUGAUAAAUCUAUUUGAAAACUUGGAAUCCAUGGGGACUAGUUUUGACCUGCAGUACAAGACCAAUGUGAUCUUAUCAUCUCUCCUUUCUACCUUUGCACCAUUUCGCAUGUCAUAUAAAAUGACAGAUGAGGAACUAGAGCUCACUAAGCUUGCCAAUGCAUUAGUGGAGGCGGAGAAAGCCUUGAAAAAGGAUAAGUCUGAGAUCAAUGCAACUGAUGUAAAACCUUCUUCAAAUGGGAAGAAAGAAAAAAGGUAA